GAGCUGCCCUCUAAUCCCCCCAAGGAGGGAUUUUCCUCUCCCACCCCAGCUCCCUGUGCCUUGGUCCCCUCGGGAGCGCUGGCAGGGUAAUCAUUUACUUCCUGCCACAAGCUCCUCCUUCGGACUUUUCCUUCGACCUUCAGACAGAAUCGUCAAAAUAAAAACAACUGGAGGGACAGUGGUACAUGCUGCUUCCCGCAGCUGGAGUGGGGCAGUGCCCGCCGGCUCUGCUGCCGGAGCCCAGGAGCCCAGCUCCCCACGCCUCGCGCUGUGCAGCUGGAGAAACAUCUGCACGCUCUGCUUCCCGAGGAUGCCUGCUGCCCAUCGCUGAGCUCUCGCCCCAGCCCUAAGGAGAAGGGACUACUUCGUCUGGCUUUUAUGUACAUGGCCUGGAUGGAGCCCUCCUCUACCGCCCUUGGGAAGACGAAGGAACUCAUCAAGCACGGCCGUGAGAGGAUAGGACAAACCUUCAAGGCGUCCGGCUCCAGGCUCUGCUCGUAUGCUGAACGAGUUGCUCUUCUAAUGGAUCGUUCCCGGAGCCCAGACAAAAGCACCCAGCCUCCAGCCACAACUGACAACAUCAACCUUGGACCUUCUGCAAACCCAAAUGCCAAGCCAACAGACUUUGACUUCCUGAAGGUUAUUGGCAAAGGAAGCUUUGGAAAAGUUCUCCUGGCCAAACGCAAGUGUGAUGGGACUUUUUAUGCAGUGAAAGUCUUGCAUAAGAAAACUAUCCUGAAGAAAAAGGAGCAAAACCACAUCAUGGCAGAACGCAACGUGCUCCUGAAAAAUGUCAAGCACCCUUUCCUUGUGGGACUCCAUUACUCCUUUCAGACCUCAGAGAAGCUUUACUUUGUGCUUGACUAUGUAAAUGGAGGGGAGCUCUUCUUCCACUUGCAAAGGGAGCGCUGUUUCCGUGAACCCCGGGCCAGAUUCUAUGCUGCAGAAGUUGCUAGUGCAAUUGGGUACCUGCAUUCUUUAAACAUCAUUUACAGGGACUUAAAACCUGAGAACAUUCUCCUGGAUUGCCAGGGACACAUAGUAUUGACAGACUUUGGACUCUGCAAAGAAGGAAUGGAGCAAGAGGAGACAACUUCUACUUUUUGUGGCACUCCAGAGUACCUGGCUCCUGAGGUGCUAAAGAAGCAGCCAUAUGACAGGACAGUAGACUGGUGGUGCCUAGGAGCUGUCCUCUAUGAAAUGCUGUUUGGACUGCCUCCUUUUUACAGCCGGGAUGUCUCUCAGAUGUAUGACAACAUUCUGCACAAGCCACUCCAGAUCCAAGGAAGCAAGACUGUGGCAGCUUGUGACAUCCUCCAGGGACUCCUCCACAAGGACCAGAAGAGGAGGCUGGGGGCCAAGACAGACUUUCUUGAGAUAAAGAACCAUGUAUUCUUCAGCCCAAUAAACUGGGAUGACUUGUACCACAAGAGGAUUACUCCUCCAUUCAACCCCAAUGUGGCUGGUCCAGCUGAUCUGCGACACUUUGAUCCAGAGUUCACCCAAGAAGCGAUCUCCGCCUCCAUCACCCACACGCCUGACCUAGCAGCCAGCAGCUCCAGUGCCUCAGAUGCAUUUUUAGGAUUUUCUUAUGCACCAGCUGAAGAGGGCAUCUAGGUUUUAUAAAGGCUUUCAGAAGCCAGAUUUUAACUAAGCGGUUUUAUGUUUGUUUUUUUUUUUUUUUUUUUUGGAAAGGAUUGGUAAUGUCCUUUUGCUCAUGGUUUAAUGAAAUUGGGACUAAUAUACUAACUGGCUGGAAUGGAACAAAGCUCUUAACUUGCUGUUUGGUGGAUGUCCCUCUAAAGGACUGUUCCACUGGCAGGGAAAGUGGGACACCAAUUAUGAUUUCCACACCACCCCCACCACUAUCCCCAGCGCCCCCAAGUGUCUUGUGCUACUUGGCAGAAUUGUAUUCACUCUGUGGUUGUAUUUAUGGUUGAGGUAUGUACCAUCAUUCACAUUAACAGCCAUGUCCCUGUAACUGGCCACUUUUUUUUUUUUUUUUGGUGGAGCUAACUACCCAGCUACGUCCAACUGCUUUGCCUUCCCACUAGAGAGGGAAACUCUUCACACUUCCAAGAGCAAUAGCUUUUGUCCUUGAAGUGGACGGUGCCAUUUAAGCUACUCAUCCUGGGCUGAGAAACUAUCUGGUUGUUGCUCCAAGGGCAGCUGCAGGGCUGUAAAUCCCAAGCUGUGCUUGUGAGCGGAUCAUCUCUCUGGUCCAGGAUUGGGAUGCUGCUGAAGCAACAAGGAAGCUGUUAUGGAAGAGCCACUGUGUGGGAGAAAAAUCCUGGAUAAAAUGGGUGGGGAAGAGGCUGAAUUGUUGGAAAAUACCUUAUGGCUAAACCUUGCUUGGGCUGGGGGAUCCUUUCACAGCAUGUGUGUGACUUGCCUGAGGCACGCCAACAGUAACGUGAGGAGCAUGAUGUGGAGCACGGGGCAGCAGGCAGCGGUGAUGCGCAGGGCAGUGCCAGCAGGACCCGCGGCAGGGCAGGCCGGGCAGCACCGGCCCCUCGCAGUGUGAGUGUGAGGAGAGCAGCAGCGGCGCUCCACGCCCCAGCGCCUGCCUGAAAAUGCGUCACUGAUGUACAAGUUAUUUAUUCUGCCUUAAUUUAAAUGCUGAUGUAUUCGUUGUAUGUCACUGCCCCCUUUUUUGUCUUUUUAAAGCUGUUUUGUUCUGUUGCUGCAAGGAGGAGAAAGGGGGCUAACUGCAACACGGGGAUAAAGAAGGGGCUUUCUAGAAGUUGUGGUGCUCACGCUGUUGGGAAGCUUGUGCUGGAACAAUGUUGGUUUGUGGUUGUUUUUUUUAUCAGACUUUUCUCUUGUACAUGCUGAAUCUGCUAUGGUUUAUAUUAAAGUGCAUACACGGA